AGCCUGCCACCUGGAAGAUGCCGAGAUUCUGCUACAGUCGCUCAGGGGCCCUGCUGCUGGCCCUCCUGCUUCAGACCUCCAUAGACGUGUGGAGCUGGUGCCUGGAGAGCAGCCAGUGCCAGGACCUCACCACGGAAAGCAACCUGCUGGCUUGCAUCCGGGCCUGCAGACUCGACCUCUCGGCGGAGACGCCCGUGUUUCCAGGCAACGGAGAUGAACAGCCCUUGACUGAAAAUCCCCGGAAGUACGUCAUGGGUCACUUCCGCUGGGACCGCUUCGGCCCGAGAAACAGCAGCAGUGCUGGCGGCUCAGCGCAGAGGCGUGCGGAGGAAGAGACGGCGGGGGGAGAUGGCCGUCCGGAGCCAAGUCCACGCGAGGGCAAGCGCUCCUACUCCAUGGAGCACUUCCGCUGGGGCAAGCCGGUGGGCAAGAAGCGGCGCCCUGUGAAGGUGUACCCCAAUGUCGCCGAGAACGAGUCGGCAGAGGCCUUUCCCCUAGAGUUCAAGAGGGAGCUGGAAGGCGAGCAGCCUGAUGGCUUGGAGCACGUCCUGGAGCCCGAUACCGAGAAGGCCGACGGGCCCUAUCGGGUGGAGCACUUCCGCUGGGGCAACCCGCCCAAGGACAAGCGCUACGGCGGCUUCAUGACCUCCGAGAAGAGCCAGACGCCCCUGGUGACGCUCUUCAAGAACGCCAUCAUCAAGAACGCGCACAAGAAGGGCCAGUGAGGGUGCAGGGGUCUUCUCACUCCAAGGCCCCCUCCCUGCAUGGGCGAGAGCACCUGACCUCUUAGAGUUACCUGUAGUUAGGAAAUAAAACCUUUCAGAUUUCACAGCCGGCUCUGAUCUUCAAUAUAACUGCGUGAAUAAAGUCAAAA